GCCGGCCGGGCCAUGGCGGGCCGGUGGCGGGACGUGUGCGGGGUGCGCAUCGACCCGGCCGAGCUGCGCUUCAGCGACACGGUCCCGGGGAGCCGCUACCGCGCCGCUCUCACCGUGCAGAACCUGCGGGCGGGCACCUGCCGCCUGCAGCUGCUGCCGCCGAACCGGCCCCAGUUUAAAUUGAUUGUGGAAAAUCCAGAAAAACCCAUUGCAUCUGGACUUCAAGUGAAAGCUGUUGUGGAAUAUACUCCCAACUGUGCAGAAGAUCUUCAGGAUAAAUUAAUUCUUUUAGUAGACGAUGACAUAGUUGAUAUCCCCCUGCUUGGAUUAAUUCCGUACUGUUGUCUGGAAAUAGAGUCAGAGAUGGAUUUUGGUGAAAUGAUGGCAAACAAUAAACUAAUUACUAAAGAGAUUAGUAUUGCUAACCGUGGAUCAACUUCAGGUGUAUUUAGAAUAUCAUACGAUGGGGUUGUCCUGUUUAACAUAAAACCUACCAGAGGAGUGGUAAAGCCAAGAUCAGUAAGGACAAUUAAAGUGGAUAUCUGCACAGAUGCACCCGGAGUCAUCAAAGAAGUGAUGAAAGUGGAGUUGGAAGGUCGUGGCUGCACUGAAGUAUGGAUCAAAGGUGUUGUGGUUGAACAAGUUCUUAAAGUUCUUGGAGUGUCUUGUGGAAAAGUACUGAAAUGCAUUAACUUUGGACCUCUUUACUUUGGGACUUCAAAGACUGAACAAAUAAAUUUAUACAAUGAAAGCCCUGAGUGUAUGGAUUGGGUAGCUGUACUGGAAGACAAUGCCAUUGGAGGAGAGAUGGGGACAGAUCUUCAGGGGAAUACAGAUGCUGUUUUACAAGACUUAAGCCUGAAAAAUAGAGAUGUAGAUGUUUCCACCUUGAUCUUGUGUGUUCCCAAUGAAGGAACUUUGCUGCCUUAUGAGAAAUCUUUGAUUACACUGUGCUUUAGUCCAGAAAAAUUUGAAAGAAACCUUGAAGUGAAGGACUCAUCACUGGUUCAAGAUUAUGUCCUGUUUCUGAGAUUUGAAUCUGUUGGGAAGAGAGGUGGCUGUAUACAGACCCUCAGUGACGGUGCCACGGCAAGCACAAGGAGUCAUUCUUGUCACGUGGACUUAGCUUUGAUGGGUUCUGGGUUUCCUGUGAUGUUAACUCUUCAGCCAGGAACAGUAAUUGAUUUUAAGAAGUGUUAUUUGGGUGAACAAACACAAGUUGUGUGCACAAUGAAAAAUGAAUCCGAGUUCCUUCCAGUGACAUUCAGCUUCCGCAAGACUGCUCACUUCAGUAUUUCUCCUGAAAGAGGAAAACUUGAAAAAAAAUCUGAAAAGGAAGUGAAGUUUUCAUUUUCUCCACGUCAAAUAGGAACAUUUGAGAUGAAGCAAAUUAUUGAUAUCAUUGGUACAGGAGUAGAUAAAAAUAACGUGGAUGUUUUGAAGACAAAAUCCUUUCAUCAAAUAUAUUUGACCUUACUUGGUGUGUGUAAAUCUAAACGAAAAAGCGUUCUAUUCACAAUUAAUCCUGGUCUAACACCCUUGAUUUCCAAUGCAACUGGACAGUUUGUAGCUCGUGGCACAGGACAGCUCAGUGAUACAGCACCUGUGGCAAUCCUUAAAUCAACCCAAACACAAAUUCAUACUCACCAGAAAAACAGGAAUUGUAAGGAUGAUGCACUUACAGCUUUUCCUAAUGAUCGUGCAGCCAGCCUUAGGCCUAGUGAAUGGAAUAAAACGUACAGGACAAUUUUCACAAAGAAUGAGAGAUAUAAUUAUAUAGACCCAGAUUUUGCUUAUACUCACUCUGAACAACUGUUAAGAGAAGAAUGUAAGAAAUACUACACAGACUUCGUUUCCAGGCUAAGACAUCGUCGUUUAGCGAAAGAGGCUGCUAGGCAGUUUCAUAUUUAUAACAAUCCUGUGAGCAUAGGCAUUAAAUCAGCUGAAGGUCUUAAGUCACCAAACAUCUCAGUUGCAGAUUUUCCCAAGGAGAAGCUACAGCACAAAAUGCUUCCUUUAGAUGACAAUUGCAUGUUAACCAGUCGAAAAUUGGCAGCAAUUGCUUCUAAAUCUACAAACAAAGGAGUUUGGAGCUGGCUUAGUCCUAUGCCAUCUUCUACUCAGGAGAAGAAAGAUUGUAGUCUAACUUUGACACACAAGCAGCUUCAUCAAAUAUUCAUUGGUCCUUCUACUAUAGAUUUUGGUGAUGUUUGUGUGUAUUCUACAACAACCAAAGAGCUGCACAUCAUCAAUAACUUGUCAGUUCAUAUAUGGAUACAAAUUGAGAUUGAGGUUGUGGAAUUGCAGGAGACAUCUCCAUUGUCUCAGGUGGUGCCUCCUCUUACAAAAACUCAUAUUCCAAUUGUAUUUGAGACAAACACUGUUGGAAUGUUUAAACGAUCUUUCAGUUACAAGAUAAACAACCAACACCUUGGGCAUGUGCUGGUAGUUGCAAAUGCAAUGCCUAUUGAACUUCAGCUGUCUACAAGGGAACUGAUUUUGACUCCUGUUCCUGGCUGCCUAGCAGGAACAGAGUUUAGAAGAACUGUCCGGCUAUGCAAUCCCAGAAACCAUCCUGCUGCCUUUACUUGGAGACCUGUAGCUGGAGAUAGAAAAUCUGCAUUUACUAUAAAGCCAACCAGAGGGUUUGUGGAGGCCUAUAGUGAUCUGGAGUGUGAAGUUGUUUGGCAUCCAGGGUUCUAUACUCCAAAAGAAGGAGAAUUCACCUUGUGUGUGCACAAAGGAAGUUCAAUUAACUUGAAAUGUUUUGCAAAGCUUGGUACUACUAGAGUUCAGUUUAUGACUCAAAGUGUAUCCUUCAGUCACAUUCCAGUGGGUUUCACUACUUGUAAGACAGCCACUCUUCUAAACAGAGGACACAACCAUGCAUACUUCCAAGUUCUCAAUUCAAACCCACUGCCUGGAAUGAAAAUUACCCCCUCUCAAGGAGUGGUACCUGUGGGAGGCCUUGCUGAUCUCAACAUCUCUCUCACUCCAAGUGCAUACAUGAGUUUUGAUAAAAAAGUGGAGGUAGCAGUGCGGAAUGCAGCACAACUCACGCUUAGGGUUGAUGGAUUUUCAGGGAUCGCUGAAAUAGAAAUUAAUGUGGGACUAUUUGAAUAUGAUGAUGUUUAUAUUGGUGGUACAAAAUCAAUUCCUUUUUUGCUGAGGAACAAAGGACAAUCUUUUACCAGAGUGGAGUUUGAUUUUUCUAAGUAUGAGGAUUUUAAAUUGAAUGCUGAAGACAAUUCAGUGAUUGACCGUUCUUGUUCAAAGCCUUAUUUGUAUUCAAUUAACUUAGAGGAAGGGUCGUCUUUGCAAUGCUUCUUGACCUUGAUGCCAAAACAGGUGGCAGUAUAUGACUUCAUUCUUCCAGUUGUUAUUCCUCAGGCCACUUCCCCACCUCCAGCUGCUCCCGUGCCUCGGACACACGGUGCCCCUGUGCCUCAGCCUCCCCUGGUGAACAUUGCUCUUCCAGCCUGUAGAGUCAAAGCAACUGUACUUCCACCACUAUUGGAGUUCUCCUCAAUGGAAUUUAAAUUUGAACAACAUUCAAGUAACAUGCAUUUAAAUAUUGCUGAUGGGCAUAUGAACUCUCAGACCCUUGUCCUGAAGAAUAUCUCAAAAGACAGAGUGAAAUGGAAAUUGAAUUUUGAUGAUGUAGACAAAAAUAUAGAAGAUGGUGUUUUUGGAUUUAGUCUGAAGACUGGAUGUCUUGGUAGGGGAGAAGAAGUCAGUAUUGCUGUGUUGUUCUGCCCUCCUUGUCCUGGGACAUAUACAUCUGAAAUAUCCAUGUAUCUAAAUAAUAAUCCAUCACAAUACAAACUAACACUGUCUGGCAAGAUGAGGUCACCAAAAAUAAAUUUUCAUCCCCCCUUUUUAAUGCUGAUGCCAGUUCCUCUGGAUGUGGAAACUGAAGCAGUUGUCACCAUCAUUCCACAGGAGUUUAUAAGGCAAUCACGAAUUAGAGUUAAACUUCCUGAGCUUGAGCUUGCAGAUGGUACCAGGACUUGCCCUUUUUCUGUGCAGUUCCCAGAGGGACAAGAUAUUGUUCUUUCAUCAGAUGGCACAGCUAAUGAACUGAUCUGCCACAUCAGCUUCAGAUCAUCGAAGCCAAUGUCAUUGCUGGGGGAUUUGCUCUUCAUUGAUCAAGAGGAAAACAGGUUCUCAUAUCAGGUUGCUGGAACAGCAGACAAUUGUCUUCUUACCUUAUACCCGUACUUGGCAUUGCACUGCUCUGAUCAAAAAAUUAUCUGGAGAAGCAACAAAAAAGACCUCAGCACUGGAGAAGUUGUUCUACAGCCAUGUUUUACAUCACCAUCACCUUCAUGUAGUAUUUCCACAAGUUGUUUCGGUGCAACUACUGGCUCAACCUAUGAAGAUUCUAUAUCAGAGAGUACCACUUUUGAAAGUGAGAGUGAUGAAUAUGGAAGUGAGGAGAGUGAAGAAACAAGUGAAGAGAGUGAAACUGACAGUGGAAGUGAUAGGAAAGGAAAUAAACUUGAAUUAUCAUUUUUUCCUGAUGAAGAUAAGGAGGAGUACAUCUUCUUUCAAAAGACCCUAACUGCAGUGAAGACUUGGUUCACGCUCUUUGGCUGGUCUAAGGGACAAAAUCCCAUUUCAAUACCUUAUUCACUGAGACGUGAUGUAUGUAUAGUCCAGCUAACCGUUGCACAAGAAAAGAAUUUUAUACGAAAACUUGACAAAGAUAAGGGUUUUUAUGAGAUGUUAUUGCGUCUGAAUGGAGAACCACUACCAGGCAUUGCAGCGAGCCAGUCAUUGCCCACUAAUCCAGUAGAACGAAUGUUCCAGCUCCACUGGCAGCAUUCUGAAUUGCUUUCUUUCCUUAAAAGCCGAGGAGCAUGUCUUUCUCAUGUUAUGCCAGAAUUUCUGCUUGCACCUGAAGAUUAUAAGAUAUGGGCUGAAGUGAAUACUGGACUGAAGUGUUUCACACCUGAGGUGAAGAAAGGAAGUAUGAGAAGCUCAGGCAAAUUAAGUCACAAGCGUAUCUUCAUUCUGGAGGACAGCACAUUUGAGACAAUGAGCAAACGAGCUUGGACAGAUGUGCUACUGCAGAUAUACAAGGUGUUCGUUCUUCCACGCGUUUCUUCCCGUAUUGUUCCUGACCCAUCAAGCUUGGAAAGCUUGCAGAACAUGCCAGGAAUAAAAUCAGAACCUUUAUGCAGUAAUAUUUAUUCUCGAUAUGAAAGAACCAUCCUCAUCUGGUUAAAUAAACAUUAUGAGAAAAACCGAAAAACUGUGUGGAAAGAUAGUCAAAGAGGUGGAAUACCACCCAUGAGAUGGAUAGUGAAUUUUGACCAAGAUCUUCUAGAUGGUCUGGUAUUGGCAGCACAGAUAGCAGCUUAUUGUCCAUAUCUGAUUCCCACUCACUUCAUAAAGAUGUAUACUGAUCCAAGAACUCAUGAACAGUUUCUGCACAACUCUUUGAUACUUGUGAAAGCUCUGCACGCUAUCAAUCUGGAUAUGGACAUAAAGGCCACUGAUAUCUGUGAUCCAAACCCUGUCGUGAUGCUUAUUUUGUGUGUCCACCUGUAUGACAAUCUCCCUCACUACUUACCCAAGAACACUAUAGAGUUUACAGGCACUCUCCACACAACUGUGGUUAAACAGGUGCGCCUGAAAAACCCAAGCAGUAAUAAUUUGGUGUACAACGCUAUUCUUGUGGGAAGAGAUGCUGGAAAUUUCUCUUUACCUAAAGGAAGCACUGUUACCAUUUCCCCUAUGAAGCAAGGCUUUGUAAAUGUGGAAUUCACAGUUCGUUUCCUGCACCCUGCUGAAGCAGUGUUGAUACUGAUCUCAAAUAAAGUUGAUGGAGUAGAUGGUGCCACACUGACAUUCUCCCUGAAAUCUGAAGUUAAGAAUAUUGAGCCUAUUGAUAUGAUAAAGUGCAAAUCCCCAUGUUAUGAGCUGAAGAAAUUUAACCUAAAUGUUACUAAUCCCUUCAAAACUGAUGGCAUAUUCAGGGUAAUUUUGCUGGAAUCCACACACUAUUUGGUGCACCCAGGGAAAAUAUGUCAAGCCAGGCAAGUAAGGCAAGAGCAAAAGUUUAGUUCUGAAAAUAACAUAUUAAAUUCAAAAAAUGGUGCACUGCCUGAAGAUUCAAACAAAGACACUUGCUCUGAUCAAUCUGGCCUCCUGCAUGAGUUCUUCAGUCCGAUUGAAAAACUGUUCUUGAAAGGGAAAGGUUCUGCAGCCUUAGAUAUUCACUUCCUUCCCUUUCAUCAGGAAAAGCGUUACUGCACUGUCAUUCUGGGUAAUGAAAAGAUUGGAGACUUUGUAUACCUGAUAGAGGGAAUAGGCGAUUUACCUUUGCCUUCAGAAUUGCCUGCAUUGGAUAGUCCAAAUAUUUUGUGUGCUACCGAUACCUCAGAAGAUGCAAGCACAGUACGGCCAGUUUUAUAUUUGAAAUGUGGACUUGGUCAGACUCUGGAGGAAAAUCUGAGGAUUCCAUUGAUCAAUGAGUCAAGAGAGAGAGCCCUGGCUCUUGCUGCACAGCAGCAGAUGUCAGCUAUUGAGUAUGAAAGGAGGUUGAUGACUGGGACUCUGCAGAGCAGCAGUGUUCGAGUUGCAACUGCAUUGUUGGGACUGUCCAGAGUAGAGAGAUGUGCGCUUCUGAAACCUCGUAAGCACCCCCCAGAGCUGAAGUACGUGGAUUACAGUGUAGAAGUGAAUAUGAAAAAUUUCUUUGAGGUUCCUAAAAAAUUCUCUAUUCCAGUGGUAGCUUCAGCCAGAGUUAAUUUGGAUGCUUCAUCAGCCAAAUACCCUACAUCGCAGAAAACAGGUGGAAGUGAUACAGUUGAGUUUCCUAUAAAAUUCACUCCUAACUAUGCUGGCUGCUACCGCUGUCAGAUUCUUCUGAAGUCCUCCUGUGAUAUUCGUGUCUAUGAGAUUGAAUGUGUGGUGAAUGCAGAACAGGCUGAUGCAGAGCUUGAAUUUCUAACUCCAGCUUACCAGAUGGUGACUCAGGAAAUUCCAAUUAGUAACAUGUCCAGUCAGGACUGGAGGUUUGAAGCAGUUUUGGAAGGACAGUGUUUUUAUGGCCCUCCUGUAAUAAAUGUGCGUGGAGGUGAAACAGCUCAGUAUCCUCUCACGUUCAAGCCGGUGGCUGAGUGUGUGAUAAUGGGAAGGCUUAUUCUGAGAAAUCUUACAGCUGGAACUCAGAACAUCUUUAGUCUUAAGGGAAUAGGGAAGAAACCUCUGCCUCAGGAUUGUAUUGUGAUAGAGUGCCAAGUGGGAAAGGUCUGUCAUAAAAUCUUAUGGGUGCACAAUUAUACCAAGAAGAUGUUAAAAUACAAGGUGUAUUCAAAUCUCUCAAUGCUGAGUGGUGACCCUGAUCUGACUGUCAGCCCAGAGGACAUUGCUGCUUACACUUUGAGUAUAUCUCCCUGCAGACGAGGAGUCUUUCACGGUGUAAUUUCAUUUGUUGCUCAAGAUGAAGACCAACAGCAGUCUCAAGACAGCAGCUCACCACAGAAGACAGAUGGUAAACGGGCCCUUCAGAAACUGCCAGCGAGGUCUCCACAAGCUCUUGGUGCAGCAAAAAGUGAAGGAAGUUCUACAGAUUGCAAAGUGUGGUUCUCCUUGAAGAUUUACAGCACACCUGCAGCAGCAGAAAGGACGAUAGAAGUGAACUGCAGAGCUCUGGAUACUGUUGGAAUUAAUAUUCCCAUCACUAAUCCUACCAAAAACAUUGUCAAGAUGAGUGUGCUGCUGGACCAUCCAUCCCUUUUUGGAGAAAACUCUUUCAUUGUCAGGCCCAAACAAACAUUUUCAUAUCACCUACAGUUUUCCCCAGCUGCUCUUGGCUCUUUUAAUGGAAGUGUCAUGUUCCGGUCAGAUGUACUUGGAGAAUUUUGGUAUGCCCUGAAGUUCAACGUAGAGAAGCCAUCGCCAACUGGGCUACCUGAAAUAGCUUGUGAGCUUGGGAAAUGGACUUAUAUACACAUACCUCUUUCUAAUCCCACUCAUGAAACUCUGGUGCUACAAAUGGCUAACAGUGAUCCCAACCAUUUUGCAGUUGAGACUGACCCAAAACAACCUCUGACUAUUCCUCCUCAUUCCACCACUCAGCUGCCUGUGAGAUUCUGUCCCACUGCCCUUGGAAGACGCAAUCACAAGGCGACAAUAACCUUCCAAUGCCCAAAGUUUGGAGAGUGGCUAUUUCACCUUACGGGAUCUGGUCAUCCUCCUCAGCAGAUGGAAACAACCACCAUAAGUGCCUGCAUUGGCGAGUACUCUUCUGCCGUCAUAUCCUUCAAAAAUCCAACUGCUGAAAAUGUGGUGAUAGAUAUCAUGCUGACAGAUGAGGAGCUGUUGAGUCAGCAUCUGAGUGCAUCUGUCCUGUCCCAGUCCACCACUAAGGAAUCUGUUUUUCAACUUCUGUUUAAACAUCCACAAGGAAUCCGAUUAGGUCCAAAAGAAAAACUGGAAAUCCCUGUCUUAUUCAUACCAGCUGAAAUGAAAAUUUAUAAAACUCAGGUGGCAAUUCAUGUAAUGAGAGAAAAUGGUGAAAACUGGCCUUAUGAGGUUACUGCUGAAUCAAAUACAGACUUAACCAGAAAUGUUACUGUAGCAGAGAACAGGGAAGCUCAGGGAAUACUCUGGAUCUAUCCAAUUCAUGGAAUGCCUGAAGCACCACAGCAGAAAUCAGUUGUGAUACGUUGUCAAGCCAGGCAGAGAUUAGAGCAGAGAGUAGAGCUGCUGCUGAUUGGUGUAAUGCCUGGUGAAACUGCUCUGCCUGAUGCAGGGAAUUCUGCCAUGGUCAAUAUGGAUGAGUCAUCCAACACCCCAGAAGUCACUGAUGGUUCCUCUGCAACACUGGAGUUUCUGUAUGAAUUGCAAUAUCAAUCAGAUGAAAUUAGAUCUCAGCUUGACUCUUUGGUUGGUAUGGAGCUGCUUCAAAAAGAAUGGGAUACAGACUCCAGAAUUGUAACACUGAUGUUUAACGUAGUGUUUGCACCUAGCAAACCAAUGAGGAAUAAGGCAACUCUCGUAGUUCAGUGUACUGCAGGAGGCCUCUGGAAGUUUCCAAUGCUGUUCAUUGCCACAGAGCCAGAAGUGGAUGAUGUGAUCAACAUUGUAGCUGUUGGCCUGAAUAAGGAAUCCAUAGUUGGCUUUAAGCUCACAAGCCAGACAAGGGACCCAGAGCCAUUCACUGCCCACUUCCUGGCGGGCAGCGAUCCCGAUUUCCUUGUGAUGCCACAAGCUGGAGAACUUCUCCCAGAAGGCACUGUGGGAACCCAUAUAACAGUGGGAUACAAGCCAAGGAUGUAUGGCAAGAAGCACACAGCAACACUGGUCAUUGAGACACAAUCAAUGCAGUGGACAUAUGUAAUCAAUGGACUUCCUCCACAGAGUGUACCACCACCAACAGCAGCAAAAGUAGUUUGUACCAGCAGCUACAUAGGAUCAACCACAGUCCGACAGCGCAAUUUUGUAAGUGAAAAUCUGAAACUUACAACCACUGGAGCAUCCUCACCAAUCAAAGGGGCACCUUUGGUCCUUAGGAAGAAACAGAGAAAGUUAUGAUCUGUUAAUUUUUUGGUGAGAGAACAAAUAAAUUCUGCAGAUAAAAAAAAAAAAUAGGGUUUGUUAAAUUUUUUUAAAGCAGCUAUAGUAUGCAUGGAUUGUAUGUUUUAAAUGGAAGAUUCAGAGUGCCUGAGCCCUAGUAAUAUUCCUAUUUUUCUAUAAGGGACUUUGGAUGCCUAACAAUUUCUGUCAUACAGAUCUCAGAAAGUUCAGAGAAAAAAAGCUUGAGUUUAAAAAAAAUACAUCUGAAGACUGAGUAACUCAAACUAAUGCUCUGCUUUCUAAGGGAUAUUGGUUUAAUAAGACUGUAAUAGGAAGUUUCAGUGAACAUUCUGUGUGACAUUCAGCACAUUACACCCAUGCCAACCAAGCAGCAAUCCCUGAUCUUUUCCACAAGAAAAUCCUUACCCAAAGAUUGCAGUAUUUUGCUAAGGUGAAACAUGGUUGUGUGUCGUAUGUCCAGAGAUUGAAUGCCUUUCAGAUUCUCUUGUUUUGGCAAAUUUCACUGAUUAGGACAUCUUUACUGUGUAUAAAACAACAAUGCUGUUUUAUUCAUCCCAUAAAACUUCAAAUCUUAGAUAAUUAUACAAAGCAUAGAAGUGAAAUAAAGUGUCCUGCUGCAGUAAUUUUAUGUUAGGUAUAUUUUACAGAGUGCUUUAGAAUAUUCAAGUAUAGAAGGCUAUGAGAAGUCAGUGAGGAAUGGAGACAGAUUUUUAUUUUUUUUCCUCCAAUAAACAGAUCAGAGGUGCUAUUCUUAAUGUGUUUCUAUUUCCAUUCUUUAGAAGGGAAUUCAGGCUUUCUCUGCUUUUGAUAUAAUGUGGAAAAUUAGAUCUAUGCAGACAUGCUUUGUAAGAUCAUUGGAUGGAUAACUCCUGCCUCCUUUCUCCAUUGAGAUAGUUUUUCCUGAUUUUACUAACAGAUCAUAAAUUGUAUGUGUGCCUUUAUUUUGAUGGCAAAAUGUACUUUGACAAAAAAAUGGCUUGGCACAGAUUAAGUGUCUUCUUGGCUCCAAUACAGAACGAGCAUCACUGCUCAGGAAUGGGGAGCCUGAGAACAACCUAUGUAGGUCAGUGCAAAUGAGCACCAAUAAAACCCUUUUACUGCAAUGUGCUUGAGGAUUUUGUUUAUGCCACACAUUUUUAGAGAAGCUAUUACAGAAAAUGUUGGGAACACAUAAAACAGCAAUGGUGCUGUUUAAUAUCUCCUUCUAAAUGCAGGGUGCCCCAUUUUGGUCAGAAACCAGGUAACCUGAAGUGAGAAUAAAAUCAGCUUUAUAAAUUCAGUACACAACACUGGAAAGAUACUGUUCAUACUGAUAUUUCUAGAAGACAUGGAGAAAGAAGCUGUUACAAUAUUUAUCUUAAAUGCUGCUGAGACCACAAAUGCAGCUGGAUUUCAUAGGAAGGGUCUAUCUGCAUAUAUAAAUGAAGCAACUGUUUCUCUGACCAUAAGAAAUCAGAAUUUAUGGAUCAGCAAUGGUUUCACAGCUAAUGAUUGGUGUUCAGGAAAUAUUUCAGUGACACUUUUUCAUAAAAGCUUUGUUAUCCUUGUUUCACUCUUUUAAAGUUAUGCUUUCCUAUUUAAAAUGGAACUUUUUUGCAAGAUGCACAAAAUUUUGUAAUUCUAAAAGAAAUGGAUUAGCAGGUGGUGUAGAGGUGAAUCACUUAAAAAUUACAUGCUGCUCACUCCAGAAAUUUCAUGCCCAAUUUACUUGCCUGCACUUGCUGCUACAUGUAGUAGAUUUUCAAAUUCCAUCAUACAUCUAAACCUUUUAAAAAUCCAUAGGAAAAUUUGCAAUAAAAUAAUGCCAGAGGGGUGUUUUCAAAGGAACAAUUUAAUUGUAUUAUAUAUUUUAAAAGGGAUUAAUGCAUAAUCUGUGCUUUCUGGACAAAAUUAUGUGGUUUUUUUCAAUGUGUACAAGGUCACUUCUGAGCUGUGUAAGAUAUGCCAUUGUCAGCUGAACUUGGACCUAAUAUAAAAAUGUAUUUUUCUAACUUCUUAUAGUUUAAACAGAACUAAGCAUAUUUCUUCUGAUAUUAAGAAUACAUUUGCAAAGGUGAUUUAAAGAAAGACCAUUUGAGCUGUGUGGUUGUAACAUCCACAGUGUUUUACAUAAUAUCUUCAUGCAUUUAUGGAUUAUAGUGACUAUAUAAACUAUUAAAAAUAAAUUUCUUUUUGCUUCCUA